AUGGGCAUCUAUAAAGGCCGCGAGGAUUUCAACAAACCCAUUGUUCGGCAACUUCAGGAAGACGUCGAUGAUCUUACCGACGCCCAACUUAUAGCCGUCGCCAGGGGCUUGCCACUACCCGAACCCGAUGUCCCAUUCCCCGCGGACCUCCUCGUCGAACCCCAAUCAACAGGCAGCCUCCAGGCGGCGAAGGCGCCGGCCCUCUCCCAAUACUUCCGGCCUCCCAUCGCCCACUUCGCCUUCGCGGAAGUCUCGAGGAAAGGCAAUCGCGGAAGCACUCACGAAUGCUUUGUCCAGAUAAAGCGUCCCGAUCCUCAUGUCCCAGAGAGCCACGGUGAGCCCGGCGCUGAAGCUAACCCCAAUGAUCAAGCAAGAGAAACACACAACAUGUUGGUCUCCGAGCCAGCAGCGUGCCCGUAUUGCACGCAACCAGAGUUUGGUGUGACCUAUGAGGCGCCACCGUUUCGGCGUGGUUUAGUCUAUCCGCCAAUGGGACCCAUAUUUGGGGCCAGCGCCAUGUCGUCCCAGACCUCUCUACACUCUAACCCGACUCCCGCAUCUCCGACCUCCCCGACUGGCGGCAGGAGACGUGGCCAGAGCCUAUCCGCCACCGCCCAUAAUGUCGUGACGACGGACCGAAUUCGGCCGGACUGGGCACUCAAGCUGGCAUCUCAACGGACGACCCAGGCACGAAGGGCUGCUGCUGCGACUGCCCUUCAUCAAGCAGCAUUUAUUAUGUACAACAACGACCGUCAGUUCACUCUUGGCGCCCGAGCCCCUCGAUUCAUGAGGCGGAGCACGAACGCAGGCCAGGGCCAGAGCCCUUCGCCGAGUGCCACUCCCUCUACCAAUCCGCCACACACAGCCGAAGCCCCCUCGCAGCCGACCACCCGUCACUACAUGACUGAAAAUGACAGAUUGCAACAGUUCGAAGAGGUCAUGAUGGCUGAGGCUAUACGCCUGUCUCUAGCAGCGGAGGAGGAGCGUCGAAGGAAAGCCGAAAAGGAGGCCGAGAAAGAAGCAAAGAAGGAGGCUAAGAAGCGGGAAAAAGACGAACGGAAAAACGCCAAGCUUCAAGCUAAAGGAGGAAGUCUCUACGCUGAUGGCCAGGGCUCGUCAAGCCGGAGCAAUAAGGGGAAGGCUAUUGAGCGAUCUGGACCCUCGCAGCCGACACCUUCUUCUUCGAUUGCCAUUCCACCGCAAACCGGACAUCACGGACCAUCGCAUCUGCGCCAGACCAGCAACAUCUCGUCCCUCUGCUCGUCGCUUGUGGAUAGUCCUCCAGGAAGCUACCAAAAUCAAGACAGCUAUUUGGGAAGGAGCCAGGAUGGCUUUAAUCCUGGUGCCAGUGGUGCCAGCUUCCCGGACGGAGGGGCUGGAGGCCCAGAAUCUAUGUUCAACUUCACUAGCAUGGCCUCGAGAAUGGGAAUCAAUCUCGAUGGCCCAUCUACUCGAGCGGGAGAGGACGCCACGGCCACCGGAGCCAGCCAGUCGCCCAAUGAUGCAAACCAGGCUGGUGAAGAGGAGCUUGACAGCCAGCAAACCGCCCUUGCGAGUCAGCUGGAGGGUGACAACAUUGAGAGUAGUGUUCUAACAUUACAACCAGCAAGGCGGUCUUCUAUCAGCGAGGAGGGGCACUGA